AUGUAUCAAAUUACCUUUCUCCUCAUCCUCUUCUUCUUUGUUGGGCAACUUCCUUCAACAAUUGGAGAUAUCCAAACGGUAACAAUCUCCUCAGACUCUCGUCGCACCAUCUUUUUUAAAGAUUUCUGUUUCGAUCUCACAGGUCAUGUCUCCCUCAAUGUCUCCAGUGUCUCGAUCACCACCACCUCUACCACCCCAAUAAACACCUCACGUAUAGGUUUCUUCUUUGGUGAUUUAUAUGCCCUUCAAUAUUAUGGACUUGUGAUAUAUUUUGAGGAAGGAAAAACAUGCAUUCUUGAGUCCCCCAACCUAAUCCCAGGAGGUUUCGAACCCAUAGCCACAUUUGCAGAACUCUCACCUCCUCCCCAUUCUUCCAUAAGCAAAACCCUCCCCAUCCCUGCUUUCACUGUGAACAACAAAACCCGCCCCGUCCAUUCACCAGACUAUCUCGGUAUCUAUUUUUCGAACUGUGAGCCGAAUACCUCGGUGUCAAUGCACGUUCACGUGGAAACCUAUAACAUCGAUAGAAAUGGCAAGGACUAUCUUGAAGUCGGUAGAACUCAACUGCCAAUAAUCUACUUCAUUUUUUCCAUCCUUUACUUGUUGUUUCUGGCCUUGUGGGUAUAUGUAUGCUACAAGAACAGGUCAUUUGUUAGCAAGAUACACAUUCUUAUGGCCAUAUUGGUCGUAAUGAAAUCGUUGAAUCUAUUUUUCGAUGCAGAGGACAAACGCUACAUCAAGGUCAGUGGAACCCCUCAUGGAUGGGACUUAUGGUUUUAUUUGUUCCGUUGUCUUCGAGCUCUGCUAUUGCUAACCGUAAUCAUGUUGAUUGGGAGUGGUUGGACAAUCUUGAAACCAACUUUACAUGCCAACGAGAAGAGAAUCUUGGCAUUUGGCGUAACAAUUCAGGUUUUUGCUAGCGUAGCCCACGUUUAUACGGAUGAAACCGGCCCAUCCAAUAGCAACUACUUGUUCUUGACUCUGUUGUUAUUGCUGGUCGAUGUAAUGGGCUUUAUGAUAGUUUUCGUUCCAAUUGAUUCGUCGAUGCUGACACUCAAGGAAGGCGCGAGGACAGAUAGAACUGCUGCACAGGAUCUGGGAAUGAUGAGACUUUUGGGAUAUUUUAACAUAUGUCUGUUUACGUUCUUGCAAUUGAAGUGGGUUGCGUGGAUUUCCGUCUCUUGGCUCAUUAUCCCUGAUGGAGAUUGUGGUAUAGAGUGGUUGAUUGUUACGAUUGAAGAGACUAUUGUCCUUGGAUUUUACAUUGCGAUGUUUUAUCUAUUUCGGCCUAGGGAGCAAAAUGAGUAUUUUGUUGUUCAAGACGAAGAGAUGGUUCUUGCAACGAUUCGGAGAGAGAUUGCUUAG